UCUGUCAUCGAGUACCAGACUCAGCCGCAUGCAUGUCUUUAUUGCCAAAGCAUGAGUUUUGAGGCUGUACAUGUCUGGGUGUCGGAGUAAACAAGAAGAGAAUCCCUACAUAGAUGGCCCUAUAAACAUUUUGGCGGCUCAUACAAUAAUAGGGUUUCCUCAAUAUUAUCACCUACCGUUUGCACGUCCAUAUCUAGUCUGCUUCGAUCUAAUUAACAACCCCAUUUCCUCCCAAACGCAAAAAUAUCUCCAAACAUAUCAACAUAGGCAAAGUCCUUCACUUGAACCUCUGCACUUUUAUGUUCCUAUCUACAAAAAUUCGCCCAUGAAUAAAUGGGAAAUUUCCUUCAUUGCAAGUGUUUGCACCAUUGUUCUCCUGUGCAGUUACUACAGCAUACUCAAAAGUGCCUGCCUUGCAUUUCGUGGUGCGACCUCUAGAAACCGGGAUAGAAGGCGGCUUAUGAACGAGGCCGACCCUGAAUCCGAUGAUCUUUCCCUACAGUUUCACAGCCAUGGAUUGGAAUCUUCCAUCCUGAACUCUAUUCCCAUCACUCAAUUUGAGAAGAAGAAUGAAGGAGAAGACACGGAAAGAAACACAGAGUGUGCAGUUUGCUUGGGUGAGUUCGAAGAGGGGCAGUGGCUAAAACAUCUACCCAACUGCACUCAUGCCUUCCAUGUUCCUUGCAUAGACACUUGGUUUCAGUCUCACUCUAAUUGUCCUCUGUGUAGAUCGCAUAUAUAUGAUGUCGAUAUCCAUCAUGAAUCUUCUAUUUCUCUGCACACAAUGCUGGAAACUCUAAGGAGGGAAGACUUUUUCCAUGAAAGGGCAGCACGUUACCAGAUUCUACAUUCUACAAUCAUAGCAGACUCAGGACCGAGACAUGAAUCCUCUAACGGCACCAGUUGAUUUGGUUUUUACCCAAUGGAGUUCUUCAUUGUAUGAGAUUCAACUUUGUGGGGUUUGGCUAACAGCAAAUCUCCAGGACAGCCUUGAAAACUACAAGUUUCAGGGGUUGUAUUAUCCUGUUGAACAAACAAGAUAAUGUACAUCAUAGUCUUGCGAGAAUCAGCUUAUGAAAACAUACUGGUUUCUCAAUUGUA